AUGGGCUGUGUUCACAGCUCCAAGGUUCAAGGCGAAGGUCCUGGGCAAGAUGUGAAAAAGGACAAAGAUGCACCUGGCGUGGAGAAUGUAGCGGCAGCAUCGAACGACACCCUGGAGGCGCAGAGCACCGAAGGCGAUCUGCACAAGAGAAUGGUGUCUAGCAAGGCGGUCGAGGUGAUGAAGGUCAGGACUGACAAUGGUGGAAGCUUCACAGUCCGAUACGCCUUUGCAUCGCAGCGAGGUUACUACCCUGACGAACCGAACAAAGCGAACCAGGACAGCUUCAUCGUGGUCCCCAAUUUCUGCCGCGACCCUGAGUCCCUUUUCUGCGGAGUGUUUGAUGGGCACGGGGGGACGGGCGAUCUUUGCUCAAACUUCACUGCUCAAAAGCUUCCCAAGGAGCUCGAGAGUAGCCUCAAACUCCAAGGCAACUACUCAUCACUGGACGAGGACGCGAUCAAGGAGGCCAGCAAGAGGGCGCACGUAUCGACCAACGAACAGCUGCACGCCACUGACUUCGACGACACGCUGUCCGGCACCACUGCCAUAUCAAUACUGCUCAAGGGGGACACACUGUUCGUUGCAAACGUGGGGGACUCUCGGGCGAUCAUAUGCUCCAAACCACCCGGAGAAGAAAGCACGGUUAGACCCCUCUCGGUGGACCAGACGCCCUUCCGCAAGGAUGAGAGGACCCGCAUCAAGCAGGCGGGGGGUCACGUGCUGACCAUCGAUCAGAUCGAGGGGCUUGAGCCUAUCCACGAGAACUGGGAUACAAAUCUUGGUGACGAAUUGGACGAGAUCGGUGACCCUCCAAGAGUGUGGCUGACGUCCUUGGACCAGCCAGGGUGUGCGUUCACGAGGAGUCUUGGAGACUCAAUCGGAGAGACCGUGGGCGUGUACGCGGAACCGGAGCAGCUGGUGGUCAACGUCACCAAGCACGACAAAUUUAUCGUCAUCGCGAGCGACGGGGUGUUUGAGUUCAUUACCAGCAACAAGGUCAUGGAGGCGGUGGAGAGGUUCACCGACCCGUUGUCGGCGGCGAAGCACAUCGUGCAGGAUGCGUUUCGGACAUGGCUGAGGUACGAGGUGCGGACCGACGACAUCACCAUCAUCGUCAUGUUCAUUGAGGACUUCCAAGAGGGCGACCUUUUGGAGGAGGGUAUGACGACGCCCAAGGUACGACGUCAAACAGCAACCUUCAUUGGGGAGAGCGUGAGGCCGGUGCGGCGCUACUUCAGCAAGGAGGCCAAGAGCCGCUUGAUCAGAGAAGGGAGGGCUCGCGAUCAAGACGAAGAGACGUUUGACGUGGCGGCCAACGAGGUGCCCAAGACGAAGGAAGAAGUGGACACCAUCCUCGCGAUAGUCAAGGAUAUAUUCUUGUUCCAGCACUUGAGCGAGAAGCAGAUCGCCGACGUGGUUCGAGUUAUUUCUCGAGAGCACGUUGAGAAGGGGGAGGCGGUCAUCAAGCAGGGGGACGAGGGGGACAAGUUCUACAUUGUAGACGCCGGAGAAUUUGAUGUGAGCGUCACGGACCACAACGGUGUCGAUUCCGUCAUCUCGCACAUCAGCCUUCCCGGAGUGAGCUUCGGCGAGCUGAGCCUCAUGUACGGCAAGCCCAGAACGGCCACGGUCACCUGCGUGCACGACGGCUGGCUGUGGUGCCUGGAGCGAAAAGCCUUCCGGGGCAUCCUGGUGGACAGGAUGACGCACGACAACACCGUAAAAAUAUUGAGAAAGGUGAAAACGCUCAAGCCUCUGUCUACUCUGAAGCUGCAGCAGCUCAUCAGUCUCAUGGAGGAGGAAAGCUUUGUGGAUGAGCAGUACAUCGCCUCCGAGGGGGAGAUGGGGGACAGGUUCUUCAUCAUAGUUCUAGGGAAGGGCUCGUUCGUGUCUAGAGGUCAAACCCGCGUUCUAUCCUUGCGAAGAUCAACGAUGGAAGCUAGGUUAGGCCCGCUCCAGUCGGAGAUAGACCAGGCCGGGGUUCGCAUGGCCAAGGGGGAGGCCAUGAAGGAGAAGAACGAUACCUUGGUAGCAUCGCUCCAGGGCACCACCGCGGCAGAUAUUCGGUUACGAGCGUGGGCGGUUCAGCUCGGAGCGGCCUCGUUUGUGGGGCAGUACGAGCACUUGAAGGCCAAAGCCACCUUCGCGGUCAAGACGUCACUAAAGAGGGGGUUGGUGGAGGAGGGCCAAGAGGCGACGGUGAUUGCGGAAAGCCGCCUCCUGGCCAACUUUUCGAAACCGAAUCCUUUCGUCCCCACCCAGCUCCUCACGUUGCAAGACGCGAAGUGUGUGUAUUCUGUCUACAGGCACUCGGUUAUCUGCGACCUAGUGUGCCUUUUGGAGCACGGACCCUUCGCGGAGGUCACCGCACGAUUCUACGCGGCUUGCGUAAAGUCUGCCAUCGUGUUCCUGCACGACGAAGGCUUUAUCCACAGAAAUGUCACACCUCAUUGUGUCUACAUCACCGACAAGGGCUACUGCCAGCUGGCCGAUCUCACCUGUGCCAAGAAGAUGGACGGUAACAAGGCAUAUACAAUGGUGGGAGACCCGCACUACAUGGCGCCGGAGCAAAUAUCGGGGCAAGGGUACGGAUACGGCGUAGAUUACUGGUCAAUAGGGAUCCUCCUUUUCGCGAUGCUGCACGUGGAGACGCCGUUUGCACAGCACACCUCCGAGACCCAGGUGUACACGAGCAUCGCGUCGUUCAAGCCGGAGAGUCUCCCCUUCGACGAUACGGUGUCGCAGCCUGCCCAAGAGGUGGUCCGUUCUUUCCUUCAGCCCAAGCAAGACGAACGGCUAGGCAGUGGAGGGGGGGCCGCCUUGACGGAGCAUCCGUUCUUCAAGGGCAUCGAUUGGGAUCAGCUAGAGCGAGGAACGCUUCCGCCACCAUUGCUGGGUAAGGACAUUGCUGAGCAAAUCGGGGACAGAUCAGACCCUCAAUUCGAGAGCGAGUUCCUUAACGGCAGUCAAGACAGCGAGGACCGCAAGGACACCAAGGGUGGCGAUGCGGCAUUCGAUGCGCUGUUCAAGGCUUUCUGA